CAACCGGUUUUGUUAUAUUUAUUUAGAUACUCGCUGAUCGCGUUUUCAGAGUUCAUUUUCUAUCCCUUCCCUUGUUUUUCACAGUCCUCUCGUCUUGCUUUUGCUUGCUGUUGUGCUCUUUGUUGAAAUUUAAACCAACCUUGCCAGCAGCAAUGGUCCUCACCAUCCCUUUCGCAGAAGGAUUCAGAUUCGAUAAUAGGCGUUGUAUUUGUCCUAAUAGGCCGGGCGUUGAUGACAUACCUACUUCGGUUAUGGUGGACCCGGUCAAGAAAAAGUUAUGGUUUGCUUUCUAUAAUGCCUUUGAAAAGAUCUGGUGGGCUCAAGACGAGGUUAAGGCUUUAGAUGAGUUGAAGGUUGCUGCUGUGGCUGCCUUUCAAGAGGCUCAAAAUGCUCUAGACAAGGCUUUAGCUUCAGAGAAGAAGGAAGAGUUGGAGGCUGUUAGGGCUAUGCCUACUGAUAUGGUCCCAGGAGCUGUUGAAAGAAGAAGGAAAAAGAAUGGGAUGAGGAAAAGAAAGAGAGAGAAGAGGGAAGAGGUGGAGGCUGAUAGGGCUGUGGCUGCUGAUACCGGCUCAAGUGAUGAUGAAAGAAGAGGGAAAAAGAAUGAGAUGACUGAGAGAAAGAGAAAAAAGCUCAGUUAUUAAUGUUGGAGCAGUUACUGAAGUACUCAAUUAUAGGUUUGAAAUUUAUGUGUUAGUGAGUUAUUUAUGUGUUCGUGUGUGGCUUAUGUUGUUGGCUAAAAGAGAAUCGUAUUGUAGAAGGACUAAUUUAUGCAUGUUUGUUAUUGUGUACCUGCUUAUGUUGUUAGCUAGAAAAGAAUUGUUGUAUUGUAGAAGGGAUAAUGCAACACCCCAUUUCCCAAAAUCAAUUUAAUUAAUAAUAAUACAUCAAUAAUCAGAGUAA